UCAGUUUACUAGUUUUAAAGGUAUCUCUUAAGAGAAAGUUGACAGCAAAACACCGGUUACUGUGCGGCGAGUUAAACGUUGUGUUGUCGCCUUUUUUUCAAGAUGAGGUGGCUUUAUUUAUUAAUUUUGGGAGUUAUUUUACUCUCUGGUGUAAGUUAUGCAGAAGAAACUGAUGAACCUGUAGUGGAACAAGACAUUGGUAGCAGCCGAGAAGGUUCAAGAACCGAUGAUGAAGUUGUCCAACGAGAAGAGGAGGCCAUCAAAUUAGACGGACUUAAUGUUGCCCAAUUAAAAGAACUACGGGAAAAGGCCGAAAAAUUUACCUUUCAAGCCGAGGUAAAUCGAAUGAUGAAGCUUAUUAUUAACUCUUUGUAUCGUAACAAAGAAAUUUUCCUCAGAGAACUUAUUUCGAAUGCAUCGGACGCACUGGAUAAGAUCAGAGUUCUUUCUUUGACCGAUAGAGCUGCUUUGUCUGCUACCGAUGAACUUUCUAUAAGAAUCAAAAGUGACAAAGAAAAUAAUGUGCUUCAUGUGACUGAUACCGGUAUUGGUAUGACUAAAGCUGAAUUAAUCCAGAACUUGGGAACUAUAGCAAAAUCUGGUACUUCCGACUUUUUGCAGAAAGUCUCAGAAUCUAGUAGUGCUACAGAAUUGAGUGAUAUGAUUGGCCAAUUUGGUGUAGGUUUCUACUCCUCUUUCUUAGUUGCUGACAGAGUUGUUGUUACUAGUAAGCAUAAUGAAGAUAAACAACAUAUCUGGGAGUCUGAUGCCAAUUCUUUUAAUAUAGCUGAGGAUCCUCGUGGUGAUACUCUUCUUCGAGGAACGACGGUAAGCUUGCAUCUGAAGGAGGAAGCUCGUGAUUUCUUGGAAGAGGAUACUUUACGUAAUCUGAUUAAAAAGUACAGUCAGUUCAUUAACUUUCCUAUUUAUUUGUGGACCACCAAAACUGAAACCGUUGAAGAACCCAUUGAAGAAGAAAAAGAUGAGACGACUGAAACUCCUAUUGAUGAGGAAGAAGAUGCUAAAAUUGAAGAAGAAAAAGAAGAUAAACCAAAAACUAAGAAGGUGGAGAAGACGGUUUCUGACUGGGAAUUAAUAAAUAUUUCAAAGCCAAUCUGGACCAGGAAGCCUGCAGAAAUUAAAGAUGAAGAAUACAAUGAAUUUUACAAGUCCAUAACUAAAGAUACGAUGGAUCCUUUGGCUAAAACUCAUUUUAUUGCUGAAGGUGAAGUUACAUUCAAAUCGUUAUUAUUCAUUCCAAGUGUUCAGCCAUCUGAAUCUUUUAACAGAUAUGGAUCAAAAGUAGAUCAUAUCAAAUUGUAUGUUCGAAGAGUAUUCAUCACUGAUGAUUUCCAAGAUAUGAUGCCGAAUUACUUGGGUUUUGUAAAAGGAGUAGUUGAUUCUGAUGAUUUGCCUUUGAAUGUAUCUCGAGAAACCUUGCAACAGCAUAAACUACUGAAAGUUAUCAAAAAGAAGCUUGUACGAAAGACCUUGGAUAUGAUUAAGAAGAUACCCAAAGAAGAUUAUGAAAAAUUCUGGAAAGAAUACAGUACAAACAUUAAACUAGGCGUCAUUGAAGAUCCCAGCAACCGAACAAGGCUGGCUAAGCUUGUUAGAUUCUUGUCUUCUCACGAUACCAAAAACUACACCUCUUUGUCCGAGUAUGUAGAAAGAAUGAAAGAAAAACAAGAGCAUAUUUAUUAUAUGGCAGGUGCCUCUUUGGAAGAAGUUGAGAAAUCGCCAUUUGUGGAGAGAUUGAUAAGAAAAGGCUAUGAAGUUCUUUAUCUUACUGAAGCAGUUGAUGAAUAUGCUGUUUCUGCACUUCCUGAAUUCGAAGGAAAGAAAUUCCAAAAUGUUGCAAAAGAUGGACUGAGAUUAGAUGAGGGUGAAAAAGCUAAAGAAAUUCAAGAAGCUUUGAAUAAAGAAUUUGAGCCUCUUGCAAAAUGGUUGGAAGAAGAUGUUCUUAAAGAUAAGAUUUCCAAAGCUACAGUAUCUCAACGUCUGCAUUCAUCACCAUGUGCAUUGGUUGCCAGUCAGUUUGGAUGGACUGGUAAUAUGGAAAGAUUAGCUCGUAGUAAUGCGCAUAGCAAAAUUCAAGAUACUACUCGGGAAUACUAUCUAAGCCAAAAGAAGACUCUCGAAAUUAAUCCCAGACAUCCAUUGAUGAAAGAACUUUUGCACAGGAUUCAAUCUGAUAAAUCGGAUGAAACGGCAAAGAACAUGGCUAAUAUUAUGUAUGAAACUGCUACGUUAAGAUCUGGCUUUAUGUUAUCCGACACUUCAAGUUUUGCACAGAGAGUUGAAAUACUUCUUCGUAAAACCUUGGGUGUCCCAGAAAAUGCCCAGGUUGAUGAAGAACCAGAGAUUUCGGAAGAAGUGGAAGAGGAAGAACAAAAGGCUGAAGAUGAGGAGGAAGAUGAAGAUGAACUGGAUAAAACAGAAGAACAUGAUGAGCUAUGAAAUGUGAUUUAAAUAAUUCAUCUACCUUUCUAAACAAUGACUUUCAGUGACAUUUCAUCAUCUGUUUCAUCAAUCAUACUUCAUAGUUAUUUAUAUUUGACUGUGUAGUUAAAAAGUACUUCCAUUACACUUGUAUGUGUUCUCUGGAAUGUAGUCAGGUUUUUGGACAGUAACUGCAUUGUGCACCAAUAAUAGUAACAUGUCUUGCCGUGCAAGUCUUUUUUGUUAUAUUUUUUACAAAAAUAAAGACUGUAUACUUA